AAGCUCCUGAGCCGCCAUUUCAUGUGCGAGCAGCUAAGAGAACGGGGUGAGUUGAGCAUACAAAUCAGCAAAACAAAAACAAAUUUAGUCUACCAAAAAUAUUUUAAUCUUCGUCUGGCUAUCUCAUUUUGAGGAGCAAAGAUGAGCUACGGUAGGCCUCCGCCCGAUGUCGAGGGUAUGUCCUCUCUCAAAGUGGACAAUCUCACGUACCGGACCUCGCCUGAGACCCUACGCCGAGUUUUCGAGAAGUAUGGCCGGGUGGGAGACGUGUACAUCCCCCGCGAUCGGUACACUAAGGAGAGCCGUGGUUUCGCCUUUGUGAGGUUCCACGAUAAGCGCGACGCUGAAGACGCGAUGGACGCCAUGGACGGGGCCUUGCUCGAUGGGCGGGAACUGCGAGUGCAGAUGGCGCGAUAUGGCCGUCCACCAGACUCUCACUUCGGGCGCCGAGGCGGCAGUGGACCCCCAAGGAGGCAUGGAGGCUACGGGCGCAGGAGCAGAAGUCGUUCAGGCAGCCCCCGUCGGCGAAGACACAGUCGUUCCCGAAGCAGGAACCGCAGUCGUGGCCGGGACUACAGCCGCUCGCGGUCUCGUUCCUACUCCAGAUCCCGUUCCAAGUCCCCAUCCCGGUCAAGGUCCCGCAGCCGCACCCCGGCUUCUAACAGAGGCUCACGGUCGAGGUCCAAGAGCAUGCCCAAAUCCCCCGAGGACAACGGAACCGAGUCUUAGUAACAACAGUUCCAAGCCAGACCCAGUAAGACGAUGUCAGACGAUUGAAACUUCUCUGUGGACGUCUGCCAGUGGACACCUCUCUACGCCUAACAGAAUACUGACCAAAAGGUUGUGACUUGGUCUAAAAUGUUUCAGUUGCCCAGAAAUAGACUACUAUAUAUUUACCAAUGCGUGUAAUGCUGUUGGCUAGAGUGAAGGACAUGUUUUGAGGUUAAUUGUAUUUUGUCUCAUUGUUAGUGCAGGUUUGUUGCAUAUUAAUUUGAUUUAAACUUUUAUGAAGUAGCCCCCCCUCCCUUUUUAAAAAUUAAUUGAAGCCCUUAUUUAAUAGUCUAAUUCUCUACAGAACGAUUCCCGUACUGAGUUACUGCUGUUCUUCUUUUGGAGAGUUGAAUUUAGCAGAGUUACCCUAAACCAGCAACAUGUAGAGAGAAACCAUAUAGGCCAUAAUUGUAUAAAAAAUAUUUAACAUUUUAUGAAAUUCGCUAGCCUAACUAGGAGUACAGAUUUUUUUAUUUUUAUGUAUGCAUGUAUGUACACUGAGUACACCAAACAUUAGGAACACCUUCCUAAUAUUGAGUUCCACCUCCCUCUUUGCCCUCAGAACAGCCUCAUUUAAUGGGUGAAUGGACUACAUGGUGUCGAAAGCGUUCCACAGGGAUGCUGGCCCGUAUUGACUUCAAUGCUUGCCACAGUUGUCCAGUUGGCUGGAUCUCCUCUGGGUGAUGAACCAUUGAUACACACGGAGAGCUGUUGAGCAUUAAAACCCCAGCAGCUUUGCAGUUCUUGACACAAACCUGUGUUCCUUGGCACCUACUAUCAUACCCUGUUCAAGGGCACUUAAAUCUUUUAUCUUGCGCAUUCACCCUCUGAAUGGCACACAUACACAAUCCAUGUCUCAAUGCUUAAAAAUCCUUCUUUAACCCAUCUCCUCCCUUUCUACACUGAUUGAAGUUUAUUUAGCAAGUGACACCAAUGAGGGAUCAUACUUUCACCUGGUUAGUCUGUCAUGGAAAGAGCAGGUGUUCUUAAUGUUCUCUAUACUCGGUGUAUAUUGUUAAAAAAAAUUGUCUCUGGUAUGCAUUUACUUAAUCCCCUCUUGUGUCAUCUUUUGUGCACUAGGCGCAGUUGUGUAGCAGUUGAGUAUUGCUGGUUAGCUGUUAAGGUGCGAUGCAGUGCUGAUGGUGAGGUGGCAGUGCAGUGGCUGGCGGGGGGUGUUGCGGUGCCCGGUGAGUGCCCGGUGCAGUUGCCGCCCUGCUAUCGACUUGGUGCUGCUGCCGUUUGCCUGGUUCUGGUCUGUAAGAAUAAAUCAAUCACUGCUGUGGUGGCAGAUCUGGUCAUCCCAUCUCUCUCCCUCUGUUGUCUUAUGGUCUCUUACCAUUGUUGAUGUACCAAUACUAUUCUCUUCCUCCCCUCUUUCCCCAUCCCUAGCCUGGUGGAACCAAGUCUGAUCAUUGUAUUAUCGAUCAGGCUGGUUCCAACAGGUUAACUAUCCUUACCCCCCCCCCCCCCCCCAACUGUGCUUUUGUCCUCUGUUGUGAGCUGGUUGUAUCCAUUGAUGGAAGAGUCUGUUAUGGCUCGAUAGAUGAGGGUUGGAUAAAGGGCAUCCCAUUAGCUUGAUAAAUUGGUCUCGGUAUUAUUUUGUGAACCCUCGCAAGAUGUCUUGUAAAUGCUCCAGGUGAAGGCUAAUAAAAAUGUCAAAAUAG